AGGAAGGGGUCUGACAGCACACAUGACGAAGCUGAAGAGCAGUGAACCCAUGCAGGUAUAAAUAUCCCCGAGGAGCAGGACUGAAGGCACAGACCUGACGGUGUGUGUGAGGAACAUUACUAUGGAUUUACUGCCUCUGCGUGUGUUUCUUCUGCUGUGCACCGUCCAUCAGACCUUCACAGCUGUUUUAGGUAAAAACACAGAGUCCAGGAACUUGUACACAGAGAGAGCCUGCUGCAGACGCCAGAGUCACGUGAUCUACAUCGGCAAAGAUAUUUCUGGCAGUCCUGUGAAUGUUGAUGUGGGUGUGUGCAGAACACAUUGUGGCCAAUCAGCACGCUCUGCGUCAUUGGAGGCGGGGUUAAUGUCCACUAAAUAUUACGAAUCCUCAACGCUUGAUUUCCUGCGAUACAAAAAGAUGAAGCAUCUGGAUCCGUCCUCGUGGCCUGGUUCUGUCCCGUCCUGUGGACCGAGCUCCACCUGUGAGCCGGCCGGGGUGCGUGUGGACCGCGUGAUGCUGCGUGAAGGUCUGCAGGAGGUCGAGAUCAUCGAGGACUGUCACUGUGAAGCCAAAAUGAGCCGGUGUGUCCGAGCCCCAUCUCUCAAAACAUACUACUCUGAGACUCCAUACGAGGCCGUCAUAGACGCAGGCAAAUGUACCGGAUCAAAAGGGGCACCAGAGGGAUUUUCAUGCGUACCAACUAAGUUUGAUUCCACCUUCAUUGAAACUCCAAACAAAGUGGAGCUUAUCCAAACUGUGGCUCAAUGCAAACUAAGGGAGGGAUGUUACCGAGUCCCGUAUGUAGAGCAUCACUACGAGAUCACGUACAAUGAUGACGGAGUCAAAGUACACAGUCUGAGGGAAAUAGAUGUUGGCAGAUGUUUGGGAAGCUGCACCUCAGGGAGCCGCUGUCUUCUCAGGAGCGCGUCUGAUCUCGGUGAAUGUCUGCUGUGGGCUGAAGGACAGGGCAACGCUUGUGUUCCUCAAGACUACGAGAGCCACACUUUCCUCAGUCAACAAGGCCAGAUCCGCACUGUUCUGGCCAUCACUUCCUGUCUAUGCCAGUCUUAAACACAGCGUCCUCUACUGGACGACUGCAGCCACUACAGUGACACUUGAAGAAGUUUCCCUACAGAUCAUUUGCACAGCUGUAAUGUCAGGUUUGGGGAUGUGCAUUAAUGGAUGGCAAUUUAAAGGCAUGAUGCCAUUCAGAUAAUUCUGUAAUAUAUGUAAAUGAUGUAAAAAGUAUUUUGUAAAUAAAAUCUAUGUCAGAACGU